GAUCUCCGACAACAGACUUAAAGAACAUCAAAUCAGUAGAUCCGGCCCGGGCAUCUCUCACCUUCUCUUCACCGACGACUGCCUCUUGUUCUUCAAAGCUACUGCAAAUCAAGCCCAAGCCGUCAAAAGGAUCCUCGACAAUUAUGAAAAAGGUACUAAACAGCUCCUUAGCCAAGAAAAAUGCUCUCUCCUGCUAGGCAAUGCCUGUUGCCCAUCUCAGGGUGCCAACGUGGCUGCUGUCCUAAACGUCAGAAACACGGGCUUCGAUGAGAAAUACAUGGGCCUCCCGAUCCCCAAGGGGCGAAUGAAAGAUGGCAAAUUCCAGAACAUCAAGGAUCAAUUCGAGAAACGGUGUGCUGAUUGGACCGAAAAGAACCUCUCUACGAGGGGAAAGGAGGUCAUGAUCAAGGCUGUUCUGCAGGCUCUCCCCACAUAUGCCAUGAGCGUGUUUAAAUUCUCGGCUGGGCUUUGCGAGGACCUGAUGCAAAUCUCUCACAAUUUCUGGUGGGGCGACGAACAGGAAAGAAGAAAAUUCAUUGGCUCGCUUGGGACCGGCUGAUCCUCCCCAAAAGACAAGGUGGCUUGGGUUUCGAAGACUUCCACCUUUUUCAACCAGGCCCUGCUAGCUCGCCAAGCUUGGCGCCUCAUCACCAUUCCCGACAGUCUAUGUGCCCGCCUGCUCAGAGCAAAAUAUUUUCCGGCAGGCAACCUCGCGGACAUGCAUUCAUCCAAAAUGCCUCUCCUUGUUGGAGAGGGAUUGAGCAUGGUCUAGAGCUUCUCAAAAGGGCCUGAUCUGGAGAGUGGGCGACGGCAACAACAUUCGCAUCUGGCGCGAUAAUUGGCCGCCUGAGGCCCUGUUUGUUUGGGCUUCUGCUUCAGCUUUUGCUGCUUCUUACUCUCAAACAAGCACUUCUCCCGUUUACACAUAAAGCUGAGAAGCACGUCCUGCAGCUUCUGGAGGGAAGCACCUUCCAACAUGCUUCUGGAGGGAAGCACCUUCCAACAUGCUUCUCAGCUUCAUGUGUAAAGAAGAGAAGUGUUUUUUAGAACGCUAGAAGCAUCAAAAGACUGAAUCGCUCUCCAUUCAGAAGGGUCGCAGACCUCAUAGACCCAACCUCGGGCACUUGGCUGGAACAGCGCAUCAGGGAGAUCUGCAUUUCUCCGGACGCCGACACCAUCCUCGCUGUUCCUCUGCCCACUACAACGAUGGUUGAACCAUGAAACUUGAGGAACUUUCUCAGUACGCAGCGCGUACAGACUGGACCUUACCGACCACUGCCAAGCCUUGGCGCACGGGCAUGGCAUUACCCACCCCUUCGGAAACAGGCCAAUUUGGGAUCUUAUUUGGAAAGCUGAUGUUCAACCAAAGAUUAAGAUUUUCGGGUGGAAAUUGGCGACCAACUCUCUUGCAGUAUAGGAAAACAUAGCUCACCGAAUCCCAAAUGAACUUCCUACUUGUCAGAUCUGCGGUACUGAACCUGAAGACGACUACCACGCCAUCAUGAUUUGCCCUCGAUCGCGUGCCCUUCGUGCUGCAAUGAAAGAACACUGGGACCUCCCCCCAGAUAGUCGUCUGCGGUGCAACGGAGAUGAUUGGCUCAUCGCUGCCCUGGCCAGUGUCGACAUGACUACUCGCUCGAGACUGCUCAUGUUGUGGUGGCGUGCCUGGCACCGCAGAAAUAACAUCAUCUUCAAUAAUGGCGACUGCCCCUGCAAGCAUCAAUCUCCCUGCCCAGCUCGCCUUUGCGGUUGGAUGCACACUGCUCUCCGGCGCUCCAUGGCAAGGCCCCUGCCCACCUGGCGCCACCUGUGGUCCACUGUCCGCCUCCGCCGGACAGCACCUCGUCCCCCCCACCCCCCCUCCCAGCGGGUGGCUCAAGCUCAAUGUGGAUGCCAGCUACCACGACGACGAUGGAAGAGGCGCCUGGGGCGCCAUUCUUCGCGACCACACUGGGACCAUUGUCGGCUCCGCCUGGGACGGUUCCGUGAGGUGCCUCGGUGCUGCCACGACUGAAGCUUUGGCGGCGAGGGACGGGCUCCGCUCCCUCCGGCACCUCAUCCGUGGUCCCCUCUACCUGGAGAGCGACUGCAUCGCUCUGACCAGGGAGCUCGCCCAGCCUCUCCAUGGCCGCUCGCCUACUUCCCUCUUGGCAGCUGAGAUCUUGGACAUGCUCAGGUCCCUCGACGACUUCUGCAUCAGCAAGACGCCAAGAUCCACCAACACGGCGGCCCACGACAUCGCUACUUUUGCCUGGUUAGGUGUGAGUUUGGGUGUGUUGACUGGUUCAGCGCCUGUUUUUUUGUUGGCAUGAACCCAGUCGAAACUUGUAAUGAAUUUACCUGAUCUAUAUACACACCGCUUUAAAAAAAAGAACACACACACAA